AAGUACCAACACCGCCCCCCUCCACCAUCCCCACGCAGCCGUUGCUGUCCCUUCCGGCAGCCUCGAGAACCUCCCCCAUUCCCCUUCCCCUCCGCCUCGCCGACGGGGCCUCCCUCCGCUCCGCUCCGCACCCUCCCCUCCCCGCCGACGCACGCACCCGCGCGGCGCCGCCCGUCGACUCGGUAAGGACGCCCAGCCGUACCCUAGGUUGCUUGGUUUGGGCGGCGGGCGGAUAGUCUCGAGCCCGCGGGGGGGGGGGGGGGGGGGGGGUCGUACUCGCGGCGACCGCUCGAAUCCGAUCCCGGAUCCUCGUUCCCUCCCGGGGUGCGCGCGGAUCGAGGCGUAAGGGAUGGCGAGUCUGACCGGCCUCACCGCGAACCCUAACCCGAACAAGUCAUUCGAGAUCCAGCCCAACCCCGGCGACUCCGUCUCGAGCCUCAGCUUCAGCCCCAAGAGCAAUCUGCUGGUGGCAACCUCCUGGGAUAACCAGGUGAGGUGCUGGGAGAUUGUUGGCGGGAACAGUCAGCCCAAGGUGUCCAUAUCGCAUGAUCAACCGGUCCUCUGCUCAGCUUGGAAGGAUGAUGGAACAACUGUCUUCUCUGGAGGCUGUGACAAGCAGGUCAAAAUGUGGCCUCUGCUGUCAGGCGGGCAGCCUCAGACGGUUGCGAUGCAUGAUGCGCCUGUCAAGGAGGUCGCGUGGAUUCCUCAGAUGAAUCUUCUUGUCUCUGGAAGCUGGGAUAAGACUCUGAGGUACUGGGACACAAGGCAAGCAAAUCCUGUGCAUAUCCAGCAACUUCCAGAGCGUUGCUAUGCUCUCACAGUGAAUUAUCCCCUUAUGAUUGUGGGAACUGCUGAUCGUAAUCUUGUAGUCUUCAACUUGCAGAAUCCUCAGACGGAGUUCAAGCGUAUUCAAUCACCACUAAAAUACCAGACACGGUGUCUUGCUGCAUUCCCUGAUCAGCAAGGAUUUCUGGUUGGCUCCAUAGAAGGAAGAGUUGGUGUUCACCAUAUCGAUGAUUCACAACAAAGCAAGAAUUUCACCUUCAAAUGUCACAGGGAAGGAAAUGAUAUAUUCUCUGUCAAUUCACUGAACUUCCACCCUGUCCAUCACACAUUUGCAACUGCUGGAUCUGAUGGUGCUUUCAACUUCUGGGAUAAGGACAGCAAGCAGAGGCUGAAGGCUUUUAGUAGAUGCCCUCUUCCCAUUUCUUGCAGCACCUUUAACAGUGAUGGUUCCAUAUUUGCUUACGCGGUCUGCUAUGAUUGGAGCCGUGGGGCUGAAAACCACAAUCCUGCAGCUGCAAAGACAUCCAUCUACCUCCACAGUCCACAGGAUUCUGAGGUCAAAGGAAAGCCGCGGAUUGCAACAGGCAGGAAGUGAUUUGGUUCCAACUUGCGGGAUCCAUUCGUCUUUAGGCCAGUCACCAGUUUUGUUAUGCCCCCUCCUGCAUUGGAAGUCUGGUAGAUGUAAAUUUCAGGGUACCUGUAGCGUCUAGGCACUGAAUAUAGGGAUCCCGUUUCAAGAUUUGGAUCCAACACCAUAUUCGAAUUCGAUCCGGUGUGAAAGGGUUUUUAUCCAUCCGUAUCCGUAUCUGAUUUCGAGUAUUGAAUAUCCGUAACCGAUCCGUAUCCGAAUGCUCAAAAGUUAUAUUUUUAUGAUGUCGA